AUGGCAGAAAUCACUCGCGCGGAACGGAAGACUCGUCGCCAGGCUUUGGGCACGAUUCAAAAACAGAUCUGCCAAGAAACGGGCAAUCAUAUCAGUUCGAAGGCCCUCAAAGCAGCCAAAAUUCACACCGGCCUUCUGUCCCUCGAACCAGAAUCCACGGAUCGGCCCCAAUUCUUCACGCCUUACCAUGUCGACUUGCCGAACCCCGACAAGGAGGCCGAAUUCUUCGCCACAGAGGUUAUCCUAGAUGAUUGUUGGAACACACCAUACCACAACGCCUACAGCUUAAGAAGAUUCCUUUCCCAGUACAGCUCCCAGUGCUUGUAUUUUCUCUCGGAUCACUUUCCCGACAACCUUCCUGAUAGCUAUCGGUAUAAGAAUGUGGGAGACUUUAGGCUUGGAGAAAUCCAUGGCACCCGUGAAUUCGUGUGGGAGGUCCAAGAAGCACGAGAUAUUCCCGUCGGGAACUGCCCUCACCUUAAGGCUAUGAUGAUCGAUAACAAUAUGGGAGAUCACGACGGAUUGUUUCGCGGAGAGAUUUGGGCUAUUACCCAAAUUAUGAUUGGCCGACUGAGCAAAAAGAAGCUUCAUUCGCAUGUUGUAGCUCCGGUACUGCUGUUUUCGUUGAUGGGCCUUCGACAUGCUCGUGUACUGGAAGCUCAUUUUGAUGGCACUACUCUAUUCAUUCGACACACACCGUUGUAUGACUUCACUCACAAGAACACCCCGCUCGUGAAGCUCUUCACUCAGUACUGGCUGGGUGGUGGCUGUGGACGAACUACGAUGGAGUCAUGA